CAGAGAGAGAGAGAGAGAGAGAGAGAGAGAGAGAGAGAGAGAGGCAGAGAAAAAGAGAGAGAAGUAAUUAUUAGUAACCACUCAACCAUGUCUAUUAUAGCUCCAAGUAGCUACACAUCGCUCUGUUCUUCCCCACCAUUGGCAAGAUCAAACCCAUCAGCAGCAGCAGCAUCAGCAAAGGCAUACCUAUCUCUGUCACCCCAAUUUGUGAAAUCUGUAUCCAGAAAUCUCUCAUUUCUGAGCAAUUCAAUAAGUUUCUGCAAUACCUUCCAUUUGGAAAAACCAACUUCAAUAUUGAUGGUUAGAGCAUCGGAAACAGAGGCCAAGACAUCAUCAUCGAAAUCGGAGAGUGAAGGUGAGAAGGAAGAUGAAGCUGAAGAGUAUGAGGUGGAAUUGGUGCAGCCAUAUGGGUUGAAGUUUAGAAAAGGCAGAGAUGGUGGAACUUACAUUGAUGCCAUUGGUGUUGGGGGAUCAGCUGACAAGUCUGGCAUGUUCACUGUUGGGGAUAAAGUACUUGCCACCAGUGCAGUGUUUGGAGAAGAAAUAUGGCCAGCUGCUGAAUAUGGGAGAACGAUGUACACCAUCCGACAGAGAGUUGGCCCAUUACUUAUGAAAAUGCAGAAAAGAUAUGGGAAGAUGGAUGAAACAGGUGAGCUUACAGAAAAGGAGAUUAUCAGAGCCGAGAGGAACUCUGGUGUAAUUAGUAAUAGAGUGAGGGAAAUCCAAAUGCAAAAUUAUUUGAGGAAGAAAGAGAUGAAAGAACAGAGAGAAAAUGACCUCCGUCAAGGGCUGCAGCUUUACAAGAAUGCAAAAUAUGAAGAAGCACUGGAAAAAUUUGAGUCUGUGUUGGGGACAAAACCAGAUCCAAACGAAGCUUCGGUAGCAAGUUACAAUGUUGCAUGUUGCUAUUCUAAACUUAAUCAGAUACAAGCUGGACUUUCUGCACUUAAAGAUGCCUUAGAAGCAGGAUUUGAAGAUUUCAAGAGAAUCAGGACAGACCCUGAUCUAGCUAACAUCAGGAAAUCUGAAGAAUUUGAGCUACUUAUGAAAAGGUUUGAUGAAUCUUUUAUCAAUGAGAAUGCCAUCAAUGCCAUCAAGUCUUUGUUUGGGAUAUUCGACAAGAAAUAGAGAGCCAUGGAAAUCAAUUCCCACCUUGAAAGAUCUGACUCUGCAAUUGUGCUCGAGAGAUUGCAACUGAACUGACAUGAGCACGAGUUUUGGGUCCUCCUUGAUCAUCAUCUGGAGUUUCAUACAGAUAUGGCUUUUGGUUUAGUUUAUAAUAGAAACUUUAGCUCAGGAUAAAUUUUGAAAGAAGUUCAAAAUAUUUAUUUUAUUUUAUUUUUAUUUUUGUUUUUAUUGUUGAUUGCUUUCUAAAAUAGUAUAUUCAGUCAGAUUCUA